AUGGCCUCCGUCUUGGAGCUGGCACGCAUCUACUUGGCCCUCAUCCUGCACAACGAUGAGGUGACAGUCACGGAGGAUAAGAUAAAUGCGCUCAUUAAAGCAGCCGGUGUAAAUGUUGAACAUCUCUGGCCAGGCUUGUUUGCAAAGGCUUUGGCCAAUGUCAACAUCGGGCUCCUCAUGUGCAAUGUGCGGACUGGUGGACCCGCCCCAGCAGCUGAUGCUGCCCUAGCAGGGGGUCCUGCCCCCUCCAUCACUGCUGCCCCAGCUGAGGAGAAGAAAGCAGAAACAAAGAAAGAAGAAUCUGAAGAGUCUUAUGAUGGCAUGUGCUUUGGUCUUUUUGACUAA